GUCGGCGUCGGCGUCGGCGUCGGCGUCGCGGCGCACCGCGGCGGCGGAACGAUGAGUCCGGAUGAGUUCCGGUAGCACUGGGAACUGGGAACUGGGAACUGAGAGCUCGAGAAAGAAAAGAAGCUUCGGCGUUUCGUCUCGGUACUCCGGUAGCCGAUAGUGGACUUGAUCCGCGCCACGGGCGAGGCGUGACCGCACCUCUUGUAAAAACGCACAAAUCCAAGAGAGCGCCAAGAGCGGACCUAUUCAACGCAGAUUGCGUAGAAAACUCGUGCGCGUCGCGAGUCGCGACGUGGUCAGGCGCGCAUGUAUUCUAUCGAUCUUCUCGUCCCAGGAAGCACGCAGCAGUCACCCUCCCGCAUCUUUGAAAUUGCGUUUCAUCGUCAGAUGGCUGCCUCCUCAGCCUCCUCAGCCUCCUGCCAAAACGGAGCUUGCUCCAAGACGUACUCUCCAAGAAUCGUCAUCGUCAUUGUCAUUGUUGCCCAUUGUUGCCUUCAGACUUCAGACUCGCACCUCGCGCCUCACCGACAAUGGGAAUUGAAAACACUAUAUAUAAUAUAAUAUAUUGUUAAUCCUCCACCCUCCGCGACGCACGACACACGGACACGUAAAAUAUUUAAAAUAGAUUUCUGCUUUUCAUGAGACUCAAACUAUUUAGCCCCUAUCUCACGACGCGCAACGUCGAAAAUAUCAACGAAUCUCUGAAGGAGACGCCUGGGGCUGUGUGGAAGAUCGAAGAUGAUGUGAUAUCAUGCCUUUAAAUGCCUGCACGCGCCUAUAUAGCGUAUAGCGUAUCCCGUGACUUCGGAGGCUCGGGAGUCGGAAGUCGGGAUGCCCUGUCAUUCCCUGAUGAAUUUAAGUAGUACCUACUUUGUUUGCAAUCGUCAUCGGUAGUACACUAGUACUGUCUAAUCAAGAUAUGUCGUCGUCAAGUGGACAGCAAAAUGAUAUUAAAACCUUAUCUACGGCAUGUAACAAGUUUACGAUUCUGUUGUACAAGAGUUUGUCAACCAACAUUGACAGCAACAUUGUAAUAUCUCCCUUGAGCUUGCAUAUUAUAUUAUCUUUACUUUCUAACGGUGCUGGAGGGCUUACAUUGAACGAACUGAAAUCUGCUCUUCACCAUGACGAUACGGCUUCUUUGAACGAUGAAUUUAAGUUUCUGGCUCUCUUGUUGAAUAAUAUGGAAAACAUCGACGUGCGUAUAGCGAAUAAAAUAUACGUUCAAGAUGGAUUUGACUUAAUGGCAGAAUUUUUAGCGAUAUGCACAAAUAUAUUUCAAUCUUCAAUUUCAAGAUUGAACUUCAAAGAUAAUGAACUUGCUGCAAAAACUAUGAAUUCAUGGGUUCAAAAAGCCACAAAUAAUAAGAUAUCUGAUAUAAUUUCUUCUGAUGAUAUCGAUCAAGAUACAAGGAUUAUGUUAAUAAAUGCUAUUUACUUUAAGAGUAAAUGGCUACAUCCGUUUGACCAAGUUUAUACAGUAAAACGCAAAUUUCAUGUUUCUAAAACAGAAACGAAUCUUGUUCCGACAAUGUAUAAGAGCUCAAAGUACGCUUAUGGAGAUAUACCAACUUGGCAUACAUCAUUUAUCGAAAUUCCAUACUUGAAUCAAGACAUUGUAAUGAUAAUAUUAUUACCGGAUAGAGAGAUAGAGUUGCAGGUUUUAGAAAAUAAUUUUAACUGGGAAGUGUUGGCAGAUGCACCUAGAUCUACCGACGAGGUUGCAUUAUAUCUGCCUAAAUUCAAGUUUGAAAUUACCAUAGAUUUGAAAGAUGCUUUGCGUAAGAUCGGCUUAAAUACGAUGUUUGAAGAUAAUGCGGAUUUUACACGUCUCUCGAACAUUCCUUUAAAAGUAAGCCAUGCGUUACAAAAAAUUUUCAUAGAGAUUAACGAAGAAGGUUCGGAAGCUGCUGCCGCGACAGUUGUGGGAAUGAGACUGAAAAGGAUGGCAAUUUUACCGAUGGAGUUCGUGGUGGAUCGUCCGUUUUUGUUCGCGAUUGAACAUAAACCAAGCAGAGUACCACUAUUUCUGGGAAGUGUGAGAAACAUAGAGUUUGUUCAUGAAAAAGAUGAAUUAUAAAUUCUGCUAUAUUUUUA